AACCGUUGUAAUGUCGUUUGGUGUUGUUUGAGUAUGAAGUCCUGUGUAUGAACGCGGAGAUAGAUGGUUAAACUGGCGUGAAGAAAACACAUAGCUAAGUAUUUCUGCCACAUCCCUACUAAUCGUCGAUAAAUAUCGGAUAUUGACUGUGAGGUUUUCUUUUUACCUCCGCGCCGAGGGAGUUGUGUCGUCGGUUAGCCACUUAGCUUCAAAGCUAAUUCAAGCUAGUUAGCGAAGGAGAACUAGCAACAUCCUUCCACUUGUUCGACACACAAGUUUUUAACAACAGUUGCAUUUUUUUAAUUACAACUGUUGUGAUCGACAGAGGAAAUAAUGGGGUCAUCCAAGAAACACAAGGAGAAGAGCCGCGACAAGGAUACUGAAGAGCGCCGUCGCGAGCGUAAGAAACAUCGCCACAAGGACCGAGAAAGAGAUGGCUCAGACCGGGAUGGGACUCGGGAUAAAGAGAAACGAAAACGCUCCAGAUCCCGGGAACGAAGCGGACGGGACAGCCGCAGCAAAGGUGAAAGGAGCACCGGUGAGCCACGAGUGAAAAAGGAGAAAGUUGAUCUUGGUUACGAAGAAAGCAAUACAGAAGUGGAGCCCCAGUCUGCAAGCGGAGACGCAUCUCUCAGCAUUGAGGAGACCAACAAACUCAGAGCCAAGCUGGGUUUGAAGCCACUGGAAUUAAAUGACAACAAGAAGGAGCUCGGCACCAAAGAGGAACCAAUAGUGGCUGAGACCAUCAACCCCGUUCUCAUCAAGCAGCAGAAAGAUAUGAGAGAGAAGCUUGCAGCUAUGAAAGAAAAACGCAUCCAGAACCAGAAACUGGGAAAAGUCAAGAACCUGGCAGAUGAUGACUGGCUGGAUGACACAGCUGCUUGGGUUGAGAGAAGCAGAAAGCUUGCAAAAGAAAAAGAAAUGGCAGAAAAAAGAGCCAAGCUUCUGGAAGAGAUGGAUGAGGAGUUUGGUGUCAGCAGUCUGGUAGAGGAGGAGUUUGCACAAAGCAAAAAGGAUGCCUACACAUCUCAAGAUCUAAAGGGACUCAAAGUGCAGCACAAAGUGUCUUCUUUCUCUGAGGGCCAAACGGUUGUCCUGACCCUAGAAGACAAAGGUGUGCUUGAAGAGGAGGAAGAUGUGCUUGUAAACGUGGGACUGGUGGAUAAGGAAAAAGCAGAAAAGAAUGUGGAGUUAAAAAAGAAAAAGCCAGAUUACAAGCCCUACGAAGAAGAAGAGACUGUGGAUGACAUGGUUGUCUUUAAGCCCCACUCUGUACUGUCAAAGUAUGAUGAGGAAAUUGAAGGUGAAAAGAAAAAGAGCUUCCGGCUGAAUACUGGGGGCCAUGCAGAUGGGGAGCGAGAGCGGGAGCUUCAGGCCAUGAGAGAUGCUCUACGAAACCAGGCACAGUCCCUGGAAAUGCCUUCUCUCACUAUUGCCUCCGAGUAUUACACACCUCAAGAAAUGGUGGGCUUUAAAAAGACCAAACGCCGUGUGAAGAAGAUCAGGAAGAAGGAGAAGCAAUCAGUUGCAGAUGAGCUUCUCAUUGAUGACACGCGCAACUCUGAUUUUGGCUCCAGGUCACGUGGCCGAGGCCGCAGAGAGGCGGAUGAAGAUGGUGGUGGUGAGGAAGUAAAGGAGGAGACCACGUGGCCACAUGAAAUCCCCCUGUUGUCUGAUGACAUCAGGACAGCAGAAAUGGACAUAAGUGACGACGAAGACUUCACACUUCCUGAGCCAACUGUAAUUGAGGAGGAUGAGGCAGAGCAGGAGCUGCAGAAACAACUGGAGAAGCAGAGGAAGCUGAAGCAAAAGCAGCUUCUCAAAGACUCUGGGGAGAAGGUGGCAGAGCAGAUUAAAGAACUUGACCAAGCCAACAGUGAAAAUGAUCCUGAAAGGAAGAACAACAUCGUUUUCAACGCCACAUCAGAGUUCUGCAGAACUCUGGGUGAUAUUCCAACUUACGGACAGUCAGGCAACAGAGAGGACCAAGAAGAAAUUAUGGACUUUGAACAGGAGGAAGAGAAAGAUGAUGCUGGGGAUUCAGACUCAGAAAUGGAUGAGAAUGUUGGAUGGAGCACAGUUAACUUGGAUGAGGAGCAGAAACAGCCAGAUUUCUCCACUGCCUCUGCCACCAUUUUGGAUGAAGAGCCCAUUGUCAACUCCGGCCUGGCUGCUGCUUUGCUUCUGUGCAAAAACAAAGGUCUACUGGACACUGAAAUGCAGAAGGUAGCCCGUGUCAGAGCACCAAAAGGCGCCUUGCCUAAUGACAACUACUGCAUUGAAGACAAGAUGGGCUUUGAUGACAAGUACAGUCGCAGAGAAGAAUACAGAGGCUUCACUCAAGAUUUCAAGGAGAAGGAUAGCUACAAGCCUGACGUCAAGAUUGAGUAUGUGGAUGAAUCUGGGCGGAGGCUCACUCCAAAAGAAGCUUUCAGGCAGCUUUCACAUCGAUUCCACGGGAAAGGGUCUGGAAAGAUGAAGACAGAGAGGAGGAUGAAAAAGCUGGAGGAAGAGGCACUGCUGAAGAAGAUGAGCAGCAGUGAUACUCCUCUCGGGACGGUGGCUUUGCUUCAAGAGAAGCAGAAAUCUCAGAAAACGCCCUAUAUUGUGCUUAGUGGGAGUGGGAAAAGUAUGAAUGCAAACACCAUCACAAAAUAAGUCUGGGGGAAGAGUGAAUUAUCUUUACCACAUACACAUCGACACAUGCAGAGAUACACACAUGCACACAGGAUGUUUUUAGUUGAGUAAUUGCUCCAGUUUCAUGCUUACUUCAUACAAGAUUUGUUGUUGUAGUAACCAAUUGUCCAAUAAAAUGAAUACAAAUUAGAGAAA